ACGAGAUUUGAGUGAUGCCCAUGAAUGGCAGCUUCAGCCACUCGUCAUAGGUAACGCGCCCCACCCAAAAAGGAACCGCCUUUUUCGCGGUGGCGGCGGCGGCUGGUGGUGGUUAUCGCCGCCGGGCAUUGUGUUAUAGGGGGAGAGGAGAAUGGCGUUCGCGAAGAAGGCGGCUCAAGUUCUGGGGGUGAUUGCUAACGGGUCCUUCAAGUCCUCGAGAUUCGCUGGGCAGUCCCUUGAUUCGAGGUCUUUCACUUCUCUUGCCCACGGAGUCCACGUUUUCCACUGCCCCGAUGACGUUGGAAUCGUGGCGAAACUAUCGGAUUGUAUCGCUUCCAGAGGCGGGAAUAUACUCGGGGCCGAUGUUUUUGUGCCCGAAAACGAGAAUGUCUUCUAUUCCAGAAGUGAGUUCAUUUUUGACCCGAUUAAGUGGCCACGGGGGCAAAUGGAUGAGGACUUCCUCAAAUUGUCCAAGAAGUUCAAUGCAAUGAGAUCAGUUGUCCGUGUUCCAAUUUUAGAUCCCAAGUACAAGAUUGCUGUGCUUGCUUCAAAGCAGGACCAUUGCCUGGUUGAUUUAUUGCAUGGAUGGCAGGAUGGGAGACUUCCUGUGGAAAUAACUUGUGUGAUAAGUAACCACGAUAGAGGCCCAAACACCCAUGUGAUACGAUUCCUCGAGAGGCAUGGCAUUCCAUAUCAUUAUUUGCAGACGACCAAAGAGAACAAGAGAGAGGGAGAGAUGUUGGAAUUGGUCCAGAACACCGACUUUAUAGUACUUGCCAGGUAUAUGCAGAUACUCUCUGUAAACUUUUUGAGAAGCUAUGGGAAGGAUAUAAUUAACAUUCACCACGGCCUUUUACCAUCAUUUAAAGGAGGAAAUCCGUCUAAGCAGGCUUUUGAUGCGGGUGUCAAAUUAAUUGGAGCAACAAGUCACUUUGUGACAGAAGAACUUGAUGCAGGUCCCAUUAUUGAGCAAAUGGUUGAGAGGGUAUCUCACAGAGAUAACUUGCAUAGUUUUGUGCGGAAGUCAGAGAACCUCGAGAAACAAUGUCUUUCGAAGGCAAUAAAAUCAUACUGCGAACUGCGAGUAUUACCUUACGAGAAGAAUAAGACUGUUGUAUUUUGACAAGGGGAGGCACAGUUCACGGAAACUGCAAUGUCUGUGCACUUGCUCACUUGAGAAUUCUUUACGACAAACCUCUAAUCCAGCAAAGAGUACUAGAGACAUCUCCACAUCUGUUGCCGUCACUACACUUGCUUUUACGAUUCACUUCGAUGAAAAUUGAGUGAAGCUGAUUUGUAAAUUCAUUGUUGCUAUGAGAUCCAAAUAUAAGAGCUGCUUAUUUCUAUCU